GUGGCAUUAUCGUCAUGGAGGAGCAGGAAGUAGUGAGCGUGGAAAAUAAAGCUCUCCGGUCUCUAAAUGCUGAUGUCAAAACCCACGUUAAUUUUAUUAAUCAGUCGAAACAAAGCGCCCGGGCAUGGUGGUUGGAUUAUUCCGGACAUCCAGUUUCUUAUGGCGAUAUACGAACGAACGGGUUAUUAAGUAUGAAUACUUUUCUGACGCAUCCAUGGGUUUUCAGAGCCGCUCGAAAUGGGGCGAAACUUUUAGCUAAUCAGCAAGAUGUUUAUAUGCCAACAGCUGCCACCGAAUAUGAAGAGGACGGUGACCCCAGGUUUCUGAAUGUUGUCAUAGCUACCCCAGUGUACUCUCUGCAGGAGUGUUGUCUGAUGCUAAUCCGUAAUCUGGUAGAAGAGGAGGACUACGGCAGACUGGACAUCCCCGAGUCACUGAAGACAGACCUCAGACAACAGCCUGACUUACUGAAGGAGCUGGGACUCAUCAACCGUCUCAGAAUGUUGACCUAGGAUCAGUUGUAUCAUUUAGAUCACAAUGAAUCAGAUUACAUGGACAGGGGGGGGGGAUGACCUGAUCCUAGAUCAGCUCUCAUACUCUGAGAAGCUUUAUGCAUAACAGGCUACUGAAUAAUGGACUUUCUGUUGACCAAAUGUAGCCCCCCCCUCCCUUGCUCUGAACUCGUUAGUGGCUCUAGAACAGUGGACUUCAGUCAGGUUCGGGGAACUGCAAUGGGGUCGCGAAUUAAGAAUACUUAUUAUUAUAAAGAGUACAUAUUAUUGUGUGGGACAAAUAUAUAUAUUUUUUUUAAAUAAAGAUUUUUUUUUUCAAUGUUUAUUGAAUAAAUGUAUUUGUUUGUUUCUUUUCAUUUUGAUGAGGGUGUGAAAACACAAUGAAUUUAACGUUAUACGGGGUGAGGUCGCAAUAAAUUCUUGAGGAGAAAAUGAGGUCCCCAUUGAAACAUGUUGAAUACCACUGACUUAAAAGUAUCUGAAUGGAACUUGUCCCUACUCUGAACUCAUUGGUGACUCUAGAAGCUCAGAGUAUUUGAAUGGAACUUGUCCCUACCCUGAACUCAUUGGUGACUCUAGAAGCUUAGAGUAUUUGAAUGGAACUUGUCCCUACUCUGAACUCAUUGGUGACUCUAGAAGCUCAGAGCAUUUGAAUGGAACUUGUCCCUACUCUGAACUCAUUGGUGACUCUAGAAGCUCAAGAGUAUUUGAAUGGAACUUGUCCCUACUCUGAACUCAUUGGUGACUCUAGAAGCUCAGAGUAUUUGAAUGGAACUUGUCCCUACCCUGAACUCAUUGGUGACUCUAGAAGCUUAGAGUAUUUGAAUGGAACUUGUCCCUACUCUGAACUCAUUGGUGACUCUAGAAGCUCAGAGCAUUUGAAUGGAACUUGUCCCUACUCUGAACUCAUUGGUGACUCUAGAAGCUCAAGAGUAUUUGAAUGGAACUUGUCCCUACUCUGAACUCAUUGGUGACUCUAGAAGCUUAGAGUAUUUGAAUGGAACUUGUCCCUACUCUGAACUCAUUGGUGACUCUAGAAGCUUAGAGUAUUUGAAUGGAACUUGUCCCUACUCUGAACUCAUUGGUGACUCUAGAAGCUCAGAGUAUUUGAAUGGAACUUGUCCCUACUCUGAACUCAUUGGUGACUCUAGAAGCUCAGAGUAUUUGAAUGGAACUUGUCCCUACUCUGAACUCAUUGGUGACUCUAGAAGCUCAGAGUAUUUGAAUGGAACUUGUCCCUACUCUGAACUCAUUGGUGACUCUAGAAGCUCAGAGUAUUUGAAUGGAACUUGUCCCUACUCUGAACUCAUUGGUGACUCUAGAAGCUCAGAGUAUUUGAAUGGAACUUGUCCCUACCCUGAACUCAUUGGUGACUCUAGAAGCUUAGAGUAUUUGAAUGGAACUUGUCCCUACUCUGAACUCAUUGGUGACUCUAGAAGCUCAGAGUAUUUGAAUGGAACUUGUCCCUACUCUGAACUCAUUGGUGACUCUAGAAGCUCAGAGUAUUUGAAUGGAACUUGUCCCUACCCUGAACUCAUUGGUGACUCUAGAAGCUCAGAGUAUUUGAAUGGAACUUGUCCCUACCCUGAACUCAUUGGUGACUCUAGAAGCUCAGAGCAUCUGAAUGGAACUUGUCCCUACCCUGAACUCAUUGGUGACUCUAGAAGCUUAGAGUAUUUGAAUGGAACUUGUCCCUACUCUGAACUCAUUGGUGACUCUAGAAGCUCAGAGUAUUUGAAUGGAACUUGUCCCUACCCUGAACUCAUUGGUGACUCUAGAAGCUCAGAACAUCUGAAUGGAACUUGUCCCUACUCUGAACUCAUUGGUGACUCUAGAAGCUCAAGAGUAUUUGAAUGGAACUUGUCCCUACUCUGAACUCAUUGGUGACUCUAGAAGCUUAGAGUAUUUGAAUGGAACUUGUCCCUACUCUGAACUCAUUGGUGACUCUAGAAGCUCAGAGUAUUUGAAUGGAACUUGUCCCUACUCUGAACUCAUUGGUGACUCUAGAAGCUCAGAGCAUUUGAAUGGAACUUGUCCCUACCCUGAACUCAUUGGUGACUAGAAGCUUAGAGCAUCUGAUGGAACUUGUCCCUACUCUGAACUCAUUGGUCACAGCGCUUUAUGU